AUGACAGACCAAAUCAAUUAUUCUCAUUCACACAAGACGACAUUAGUUAAGAAUCCAGAAGAAUUUUUACAGUUUGCUAAUGAAAUUCUUCGUAAUAAAAAACAAACAACGACACAAAUACAAAAUAAUAAUGAUCAUAGUUUAAAAGAAAACAUUUCAUGGACAAAUAUUCCUCGUCAACAAUUUUUAGAAAUACCGAUAACCGCAGUCACCACUGCCACUUCACUUCAAAAUAACACAACAAUUUCAUCGGGACUAUGUGUAUUAAAUAAUUUAUGCCGUUUAAUUGAACAAAUUCAAUCAUUACGAACAGAAAAUGAACAUUUACGUUUACGAAUCGAUACGAUUGAAAAUAUGAAUAAAUUUCAACGAAUGCAAGACCAAUUACAUUUAGAAACUGAAAAUAUUUUAACAACAAAACGAAAAGUAACUCUGAGAGGAUCAUUAAAAGAAAAUAAUACUGGAGGAGGAGCAUCAGGAUCGAGAAAAAGAUUAAAAUUUUUAAGAGAUAAACUUCGAUCCUAUGAUGAUAGUCUACUAGGCGAGAUAAAUCAAAAUAAUAAUAAUAAUAAUAAUAAUAAUAAUAAUAAUAAUAAUACAUUAAAGACAACAAUAGUUUCUGUGGGUUCCAUCAAGAGAGUAAACACAAAUGAGGAUAAUCAUCAUCAUCUCAAAGCAUCAAGUAUGAUUAUAUCAUCAAGUGAUGAACAAAAUUGUGGUGGAUAUUAUCCAGAGAAUGAUGAUCUAUUCUUUUAUCUGGAUCCAGUUUUAUUACAAAUGGAUGUAACAUUGUUUUUAUUCGUAGAAAUUCGGUAUAUGCAAUUUACAAACCCCUAG